UUUUUUUUGAAGUCAGUAAUUGUUUGAAUGAAUCCAUUGAUUGAUUGAUUGAUUGAUUGAAUCAUCUGUUAUAUACUGUGUGUGUCUCUGUUUUCGUGUGUUUUGUGGUUACCAUUGAAGAAGACAUCCCAACGACAACAAUAGCAAGAAUGCGUCGACAAAGAGGUAGAGACAGGGAUGAGCUGAUGGACGACGAAGACGAUGAUGACAAUCAUUAUCAUAGCCAUCGACACCAUCGUCAGCAACAGCAACAACAACACCGGCGCAGUCAUCGAAACAGUCAUCGCCGGCAACAACACCACCAGUUGUCGUCUUCGUCGUUGUCGACGUCGACAACAUCGGUGGUCAACAACAACAACGAUAGACAUCAUAAUAAUCAUCAUCGGUCUAAACGACACAAGAGGUGUAGCGGCAAACAUACGACUACAACGACGACAUCGACAACAAUCUAUGGCAACGACAACAUUAACAACAAGACUAAUAAUAGGUCCCGAAGUGAUCUUCGGACCACCCGAACCGAAUCAUCGGCCCAUUGUCGGGCGGCCAGUAUAGAGGACGAUGCCGACGGUCAUCUGAUCUACAAGGAUGGCGACGUACUGCAGGAACGUUACAAAAUUGUGUCGACACUCGGAGAGGGAACGUUCGGCAAAGUCGUACGGGUAGUGGAUCUACGAUCGGACGAACUGAUGGCACUGAAGAUUAUCAAAAAUGUCAAGAAAUACAGGGACGCAGCGAAACUGGAGAUCAAUGUAUUGGAAAAGAUUACCGAAAAGGAUCCCAAAGGCAAAAAAUUAUGUGUGAAAAUGUUGGACUGGUUUGACUAUCACGGACACAUGUGUAUCGCUUUCGAGAUUCUCGGUCUAUCAGUAUUUGAUUUUAUGAAAGACAAUAACUAUCAGCCGUAUACUAUCGACCAGUGCCGACAUAUUGGCUACCAAUUGGUUUACGCGGUCAGGUUUUUACAUCAAAAUCAGUUGACUCAUACGGAUCUGAAACCCGAAAAUAUAUUGUUUACAAAUUCCGAAUACGAUUUGUUAUAUAACUCGAAAAAAAAACGUGAUGUCCGACGGGUAAAGAAUACACACAUAAAACUGAUCGAUUUCGGUUCGGCCACUUUCGACGACGAACACCAUUCGACAAUUGUGUCGACCCGCCACUACCGGGCGCCAGAAGUGAUACUAGAGCUCGGUUGGGCUCAACCAUGUGAUGUCUGGAGCGUCGGCUGUAUACUAUUUGAACUAUAUCUGGGCAUAACCCUGUUCCAGACUCACGAUAAUCGUGAGCAUCUGGCCAUGAUGGAAAGGAUACUCGGGCCACUACCCUAUAGGAUGUGCCGCAAAACUAAAACUAAUUACUUCUAUCACGGAAGACUAAACUGGGACGAAAAGUCGUCCAAUGGACGGUAUGUCCGGGAAAAUUGUAAACCAUUGCACAGGUAUGCCCUGACCGACGACGACGAUCAUCGGCUACUGUUCGACUUAAUUGCCCGAAUGCUCGAAUACGAGCCGAAUCAUCGGCUAUCGUUGACCGACGCACUGGAUCAUCAUUUUUUUCGUAAACUACCGCUCGAGUAUCGAUUGCACGAAUUGGAUGCCCUGGAAGACGGAUCAGACGGCGGCGGUGACGACGAUAGAGACAUCAAGAGCUCGUUGGGUGGCGAUUGUCGUCAGCGAUCGCACAGUCUUUCGAGAUAAUGGAUUAGACAAACAAAACAAAAAACAAAAUAAUUUGUACUCAAAUUAAAACAAAACAAAAAAAAAAUAAUUAUUUUAAUAAUUAAAUUAUUAUUAUCUUUAAGUUUG